GCAUUUUCGAUUUGUUAUCAAUACAAUAUUCAGCCAUAUUAAAACGUUUUUUAAAAGGAAUGUACUACAUCUCCUUAUUUUUAUAAGAAACAUGGACGAACAGGAUUUUGUUGAAGGGAUAAAAGAAACAGUAAAUACACAAGAUGAUAACGAAGCUAUCGAGAAUUUAGUUAUAGCUGGUGCAAACUUAAAGUUAGACAGAGACGAAGAACAUGUGAUACAGUGCUUCACACAUAAUGCUUUAGAUGAUGCAUUGGAAUUUCUGAAACUCUUUGGGGAUACAGGAAAUUCUAUUAAAAGUAUUGAUUUGGCAGAACGCUCAAUACUAUUAUCGUUGUUGUCUGAAGAAACACGUUGCGAUGAUGAUAUGAACCGAGAAGAAAUAAAAACAAAUAUAGCUUCAUUCCUUGUUAGACAUGGAGCAUAUUUUGGGAAAGAUCAAGACGGAAAUGGGCCAUUGCAUAUAGCUGCAAAGAAUGGUUCAUUAAAGACUUUAGAAGUACUCUUACAAUUGUGCAAGAACAAAAUAGUUGAAAAAAAUCAAGUAGGGGAUACAGCGGUACAUAUGUGUCUGAAAAAUCCCAAGGAGAAUGUAUGUGAAAUUAUACCAAUGCUUCUAGAAAGUCAAAACUCAACACUGUCUUUGAAUUUUAAAGGAGAAUCGCCACUGUACCUAGCAACUGUUUUAAGAAAACUGCAAAAUAUCAAAGUUGACUUUUCUUCGAUAACGGCUCAGUUGGUAGAAGUAUUACUUAGAAAUGGUGCCGAUCCUAAUGAUCACUCUACGCAUCAUGUACCUUUGUUGUCUGCUUUAGAAGCAAAGGAUAUCAAAACUUCUACCCUUCUAUUAGAAGCUGGUGCAAAUGUUAACGCUACAAAUAACCGUGGAAUGUCGGGACUCCAUGUGAUUUUUAUGUGUCAUGAUAAAAAAGAAAACGAUCAUUGUCUGACACAUCUGCUGCUUGAAAAGGGUAUCAAAGUUAAUUUGAUUGAUAGCGAGGGAAAGUCUGCAAUGUUCCAUAUGGUUGAUACGUAUAUGGAGAUCUAUGACAGAAAUGAAUCAGAUAUUUAUUUAUUUAAUGAUAUUUUCAAUGCUGUUUUAAAUCAUGGCGCUGAUCUCAAUAUUUGUGACAAAUCAGAAGAAACAGUAUUGAGUUUAUUCUGUUCGUUUGGAAAAACUAUAGACAUAGGACGAAUUCUACUGGCGAGCGGAGCGGACCCAAAGAGUGGAUACUGUCUGCAAAAUGCAAUGAAUAUUUGUAGAAAGUUUGAAAAUAGAAAAUCUUGGAUUUCUUUUAUGAUCUCCGUGCUGCAGAAAGGAGCUGAUCCAAACAAACGCAAGGCAAAAUCGUCAAAUCUUAUUGAACUUGUUGAAAAAAGAAACAGUGAUAUUGUUGAAGAGUUUCUCAAGCAUGGGGCUGAUGUUAAUUAUUCGGAUGUUAUGAAGAAAACGGCUUUACAUUAUGCCUGUGAUAUAGACAAUUUCGAUGAUAGAUAUACAAUAACAGCACUGCUCGUAAAAAAUAUGGAUCUAAUUUAAAUGCAGCAUCAAUAAAUGGGGAAAGACCUCUUGAUAUUUUAGUACAGAGUAUGAUUAACGACAUAUACGAUCUCAAGGGGAACAAGGUAAAGGGCGAACAAUGCAGCUUUUUAACGGUAGACAUGUCGCUGUUGAAUCUACUAGUUUGUGGAGGUGCAGAUUUAUGUCCUGCUACAAUUGAUCCAAUCGCACCACCAAAAAACAAAAAACUGUCCUCUCGACCAAUACAGCU